GUUAAGGAUAUGACGACUCUGAGCGAUCUGACGGACGACGAUUGGACGUGGAAAUGUGACAUGGACAUCCGCGAGUUCUUCCACGAACCGAGCAUUCCGGUCCUCUGCAUUUAUCACGUGAACGGCAGUCUGACCACAGAAUUUUCAUUUCCUACGGUGCCCGUGCACGAACUAACCUACUUCGUGAGACAGCCCAACGAGAUUCUCCACCCGGAGAACUUUCGCGAGCGCAUUCUCUUCGGGUCGAUGAACGACAAGGUGGAGAGCCAUAUACUGCGCCUCAUCCAGAACGUGUUCGCGCCGAUCUUCUUCGCAAUCGAAGCUUGGCCCGACAAAUCGCACCGAAACACAUGUGUGAAAGCGGACUUCUGCACCCAACUGGACACCUUCCUGUGCAAUUUAACAAACCUCACGUACAAAAUGCUGGGCUUAACCGUGAUAUAUGUACCUCUGGAGAGUAGGGAGUUCACCACGGAGGAGGGUAGCGCCGAUAAGGAGUUGGUGAAGAGGCUGGAGGGUGUGGUGGCCCACUGGACCCCCCAAAUCAAAAUAGCCCUCUCUGACCAGGAGCAAGCAAGUCCGCAUGAGUUACUGUGCCUCAACGACGAAUAUGACUUUUGGACUUAUCGAUGUAAGUGCUUACUCCUAAGGAAAGGCGUAGUGGCUGCAGAGAGAGAGAAGCAAAAUGUGAGCCUCUUUUUUCUUACAUCAGAUGACAAUCUCUGCAGUUUGAAUUACCAGCUGAAUCAAAGUACGGUGGAGUUUAUUAUCAACAUAUUAUUGGCUGCGCAGUCCACUUACAUACGUCAGUUUGUGAUGUUGAAAGACGAGAUCGAGAUCGGUACAAUCGAAGCGAAAUCAAAUAUCGAGUACCUGAGCAUCCUGAAGGACACUUGCGACGAGUUGAAAUCUUGUACAACUCCCGCGUGUGUGGCUCAAUAUCUGCCAAAAAUGAUGCAUCUCUUCAGAACGAUUUGGUUGAAUUCCCCUUACUACAAUACCCGCGAGAGGUUAAGCAAUCUCUUUAGUGCGCUCAGCAACCAGAUCGUCGUCAUAUGCAAAGGUUUUAUCAAUCUGUCAGAUGUAUUUGCGGGGAAGAUCAGGAAGAAUAUGAAGAUCUUUGAAGAGUGUAUCAAACUGUGCGAGAAUUACCAGGAUCUCUAUCACAAGAUCGCGAACGCUCACAUCAAUCUCACGUAUAACCCUUGGGACUUAGACACGAAGAGCAUAUUUCGUUACAUCAACGUUUUCAUCGGCAGGUGUCAGGAUAUGAUCGAGAUUUGUCAAGCAAUGAUUGAUUUUGCAAGAUUGGAUGAAACCACUGAGAUUUUAAGUCCCAAAUUCAGUGGUACAAAUGGCGAAGAGCAUGAAAGAGUAUGUCAAAAGAUCGAGAGACUCUUUUAUGACUCUUUGGAUAAAAUCGAAGCGAAUUCGCACAAGAUUUUAGCCGUUCACGACUCCACCUGGCACGAUGAUAUGAUCGUAUUUCGUACCGAAAUAAGGGACCUAGAGAUAAUGAUCGAAAAUUUGAUAGCCAUCGUCUUCAUGAACGUUAAUAAUAUUCAAGAAGGGAUUGAAAAUUUACGGAGCUUCUACAAUUACCUAAAUCGCAAGAACUUGAAGUUUCUAUUUGACAUAAAAAAUAGCAGCGUAAGCAGAAAUCGAGUGUGGCAAAUCCUAGCCGACGAUAUCCAGCGGACGAAGCAGGAGGUCCUGAACGAGAGGGAAGAAUAUUCGUCGAUCACACCGUAUUACGCUGGCAGAGCGUUGAAUCUUCGUCUGAAAGGCGACCGCCUGCUAUUGAUGCGAAAGAUGUUGGAGGAGGCCGAGUGGAUGCCCUAUUGCGGCAUGAGCAAGGAGAUCUAUCAUCAGGAGGACAUCGUGAUCAGAUCCAUCGAGGACUCCAUGAGGGACCUGUACGUAAAAUGGCUGCACGACGUCGGUGAUAACCCGCGCGCGCGACUCGAUCGCUACCUGAUGCGACGAAGCGACAGCAAACCGGGUCUGCUCGAGUGCAACAUCGAUCCUAAUAUCGUGAAUCUCUGCCGCGAGUGUUUCUAUUGGAUCAGCUUGAGAUUCAACAUACCCGUGCACAUAAAGGUGAUACACGACAAAUGGGAGACGCUAUACUUUAUCUACGAGAGUGUCCUCGCCGUCGCGCUAGCGUACAACAAGAUUGUCGAAGCAUUGUCGCUGACAGAACGUGCGCUGUUUCGCGAAUUAAUUCGGCAGCUCGACCGGAAGAUCAAUCCCGGCUUAACCAAGCUGACGUGGAACACGGAUUACGUGGACUCGUACAUCGAGAAUUGUUUCAACGAAACGGCCAAUGUACGCUUAGAGUCUCUUACCUCGCCCAUGUGCGAAGUCCAUAUAAAUUCAUGCGAUACGUACGGUAACCUCGCGUUACAGGAUUUCAUUGAUACUUACAAGAACUUGAAUUCCGAAAUCGUAAGAAUCUGCGAGAACAUCUGCGACGCUCCGAUGAUCAAGAUAAAGGUUAAUUACACAUAUACGUUGUCUGCAUUAGAGAAGGAACUUUUGUACGUGAGUAUUAAUUUUUCUAUACAUCCACUCGACGGAUUGGCAUAUUUAACUUCGUUAUUGUUUCUUUCUUUCCAGAGCCGCGCGGAAUGGAAAGAUUAUUUAAUGAAAAUCGAUACGGUAAUUGAGGAAGCCAUCAGAUUGUGUUUAAAGAAUUCUUUGACCAUCAUGCUUGAAGCCCUUCAUGGCGCUGACACGACAGGUCCUUCACCUCUCCUAUUAAUGCAAGCGGAUAUUAUCGAUAACAAAGUAUGUUCAUUGUACAAGGCAGACAAAGAAUUGAUUGAGCUUCAACAGAAAAUCAAUAAUGAAAUAACUUAUUGCUUCGUUCAAGUCCAAAAUUAUAUUAAGAUUUGGGAACCUUACAAAGACGUAUGGGAAGUAAAUAAAGACUUAUACAUUCAAAGAUACGAGAAGUUGAAACCAACGGCUGCAUCUUUUGACGCGGACAUAAGUAAAUACAUCGAUGUGAUGAAUAGUGUCCAACUACAGGAAACUAUGGCGACAGUGCAUUUCCUAGAUAUAAAUUUUGAUGGAUUGAAAGCCACUAUCAUUGAACAUUGUUCAAUCUGGCAACAGAAGCUCACCGCACUUUUAUUACGCAUGACCGAUGCAAUGGUCGACCACGUUUAUCAUUACAUCGCUGAAAAUUCUACAAAAAUAACGAAGGAACCGACGGAUCUCAUCAGCAUGCAAUCCGCGCUGCAAUUGUUCGAGAGGCUCACCGCCGAGAUUCCGAAAGAGGAGGAAGAGUUCCCCAAGAUCCAGGAGCAGUACCAAACUUUAGAAAAGUACGAAGUGCCGCUGACUUAUCAGUUCAAGAGAAAAUUAAAAGACAUCGACCGCUCCUGGACAGCUUACUUGGAGUUACUUGCCACGUGCGAAGUUACUUUGCUUGAAAAAAAGGAAGAAUUUAAGCAAAUAUUGCAGAAUGACGCGACAAUGUUCGAAGAAGAUGCAUCCUCCUUGCUGCGCAAAUUUAACGAUACCGGGCCUUUCACAUCCGACUGGAAUUCAAAAGACGCUUUUAAUUGGCUAGCCAUCUUCAAGAAGGAAAUACAAUCCAUGAGAGACAGGGAGAGUCUGCUGAAGUCACAGCUGACAAUUUUUGGCAUAAAUUACCCGGAUUCCCCGGAACUAGCGCAACUCGAUAAAGAUGUAGCAGUGAUCGAAUUGGUGUGGCAAUUGACGGACGAAUGGAACGACGCUUGGGAACGCUACAAAACCGGAAAUUUCUGGACGAUAGAAUUGGAAGAGAUGGACACAACCGCUAAUCUCCUCCUCCGGAAACUCACGAAACUCUGCAGGGAGCUCAAAGAAAAGAAUUGGGAGAUCGUCGAGAAUACCAGGUCAAAGGUCGAUAAAUUUCGAAAAACAUUACCGCUAAUAACGGUAUUAAAGAAUCCGGCGAUAAAACCGAGGCAUUGGAAGCGAGUCAAAAAUACGAUCGCUCAAGACUUCGACGAGACAUCGGAGGAUUUUACCCUUGACGCGAUUAUUAGAAUGCAGAUGCAUAAUUUCGAGGAACAGAUUAGCGAAAUUUCUUACGCGGCCACGAUGGAACUCACCAUAGAAGUCGGACUCCAACAUAUUAAAGAUACUUGGGAGAAGAUGCCGCUUACAAUGGUUCCGUACAAAGAUAGAGGGAUAUAUAGACUGAGAGGUACCGACAAUGUAUUUCAGACUUUGGAGGAUCAUCAACUGCAGCUUUCAUCCAUGAAAUCAACUAGGUUUGUAGAGCCAUUUGCCCCGGAAGUCGAGUACUGGGAGCGGGUACUGUCGACGAUCGGCGAAGUUUUGGAAAUGGUGUUGGUAGUACAGAGAGGAUACAUGUCUGUCGACAAUAUAUUCACCACUGAGGACAUCAGGAAACAACUCCCAAAGGAGACGGACGAUUUUGACAAAGUGACAAGCGAGUUGGCUGAGCAUACGUCAAGGAUGGCUUCUCUCGGUUUAGCGUUGCCAGCUACUCAUAUUCCACCCGGCUUGCUGGAAGUCCUGAACAAACUCAACGACAAGUUGGAGGCGCUGCAACUGGCGCUCGAGCAGUACCUGGAGACGAAGAGACGCGUAUUUCCAAGACUCUACUUCGUCUCGAACGACGAUACGUUGGAUAUUCUGGCCCACUCUAAACGACCGGACCUCAUGCAGCCGCACAUCAGGAAGCUUUUCGCGAAUAUCAAGUCCUUCAAGCUCGUCAAGUCCCUGACCGGGAAGAAUGUGGCUAACGGCAUGUAUUCGAACGAUGGAGAGUACAUCGAGUUUAUCGAGGAGGUUCUCUUGGAGGGUCAGGUCGAGCAUUGGUUGCGUGGUCUUGAGGCCGCGAUGAGGGCGACCCUGCGCGAAGUGUUGAGGCAGUGUCGGACAGCGCUGCGAAAAAUGCUCGCGAAACGCGACAGGUGGGUGAAAGAAUGGCCGGGCCAGCCAGGCAUUACGUCCACUCAAAUCCAAUGGACGAGCGACUGCACGCGCGCCCUGCUGCACUGCAAGAUGGUGAACUCAAGGAAGCCGUUGCGACGGCUGAGGAAGAAGCAGAAUCAGGCGUUGGACAGAUACUCAGAAGUUAUACGAAACAAUCUGAGCAAGCUGGAUCGACUGAAGCUCAAGGCCAUCGUCGUUAUUGAAAUACACGCGAGAGACGUCAUCGAAAAGAUGUACAAAACGAAUUGUAGGGAUGUGUCUGAUUUUGAGUGGCUGUCACAACUAAGAUUUUAUUGGGAUACGGAUAUCGAAGAUUGCAUUGCCCGGCAAACAAACACUCAUUUCUUGUAUGGAUACGAAUAUCUGGGUAACACUGGAAGACUUGUAAUAACUCCCUUGACAGAUCGAUGUUAUAUCACGUUGACAACGGCUCUUCAUUUAUACCGCGGCGGUAGCCCAAAGGGACCUGCGGGCACUGGAAAAACUGAAACGGUAAAAGACCUGGGGAAAGCGCUGGGUUUCAACGUAAUCGUGCAAAAUUGUUCGGAGGGACUGGACUACAAAAGUAUGGGCAGAUUAUUUUCUGGACUGUCGCAAACCGGCGCCUGGGGAUGCUUCGACGAAUUCAACCGAAUUAACGUCGAAGUGUUAUCAGUAGUGGCGCAACAGAUCCUAUCGAUACUGACCGCUCUCACCCAGAGACUUACGAGAUUCAUUCUCGACGGUACCGAUACACCUCUGGUACACACCUGCGGCAUCUUCAUCACAAUGAAUCCUGGUUACGCCGGACGUACCGAGCUUCCAGACAAUUUAAAGUCGAUGUUUCGACCAAUCUCGAUGAUGGUGCCAGAUAGUAGCAUGAUUGCUGAAAUCAACCUGUUCGGCGAAGGUUUUCGAGAUACGCGCGUACUGGCCAGAAAGAUCUAUACGUUAUACUCUCUCGCCCAGCAGCAGCUUAGUAAGCAAUACCAUUACGACUUCGGUUUGCGAGGUAUAGUAACGCUGACUCGAUACGCCGGCAAAAAGAAAAGGCAGUAUCCCAGUCUGCCCGACGAGGAGAUAAUUAUUCUCGCCAUGAAAGAUAUGAAUGUCGCCAAGCUUACCUCGGACGACCUACCGCUAUUCCUCGAUAUCACCACGGAUCUUUUCCCCAACGUAGACGUACCCACCGUGGAUUACGAGGAAAUUAUCAGUUAUAUAACCAGCGAGGCAAUCAAGUUGAAGCUGCAGCCAAUUCCCAUGAUAGUGACGAAAGUCAUUGAGCUGUACGAAACGAAGAGCUCGCGUCACUCAACGAUGAUCGUCGGCGCGUCAAACACCGCAAAAACCGCAACGUGGAAGAUUUUGCAGAAUACGAUGACGACAAUGAAGAGCGAUGGAAAGCCGGGCUUUAACACCGUUCACGUACAUCCCAUUAAUCCUAAGGCACUGAGUCUCGGUGAACUCUACGGCGAGUACAAUCUUUCCACCGGAGAAUGGCUCGACGGAGUGAUAUCGUCCAUCAUGCGGAAAACUUGUUCCGAGGAUACCGCCGACGAAAAGUGGAUCCUCUUUGACGGACCUGUGGACGUUGAUUGGAUUGAGAACAUGAACAGUGUCAUGGAUGACAACAAGGUACUGACGCUGGUAAAUAACGACCGUAUCGUUAUGCCCGACCAAGUUUCGUUGCUCUUCGAAGUGCAAGAUUUAGCUACAGCAUCUCCCGCGACGAUCUCCAGAGCAGGCAUGAUUUACAAUGACUACAAGCAUCUCGGUUGGCGUCCGUAUGUCAAGUCGUGGCUGCAAAAGUACAACGCCAAACCGGAGUUUGUCGAGGAGAUGAAUAAACUGUUUGAGGAUCGCAUCAACGUCACACUGGAAUAUAAGCGGUAUAAUUGCGAGGAAUUCAUACCUGUCCACGAAUUGAACGCCGUUCAGUCGCUUUGCAAGCUUCUCGAAGUACUCGCGACACCGCAAAACGGCGUGGAAUUAGGCGAGGAUCGCGACGCUUUCUCCAACAUAUGUAAAAUGUGGUUUUUCUUCUGCAUUAUAUGGUCACUGUGCGCCUCGGUCAACGAGGACGGUCGCCAGAAAAUAGAUAAAUUCAUAAGGGAAAUUGAAAGUUUCUUUCCGUUACGGGACACAGUCUACGAGUACUACGUGGACCCGCGUCUGCGUACUUUCAUUUUAUGGGAGGAAAAAUUAUCAUCCGCGUGGAAAUUUCAAGCCGGCCUACCAUUUUACAAGAUAAUAGUACCUACCGUAGACACAAUACGAUACGAUUACAUCGUAAGUUCCCUUCUAUCGAAUGGUUUUCCGGUGCUCGUAGUGGGUCCAGUGGGUACAGGAAAAACGUCCACUAUCCACUCGGUACUUGAGCUCCUAGACGACACGAAAUACGCUGUUCUGCUUGUAAAUAUGUCGGCCCAAACAACAUCCGGUAACGUACAAGAUGCAAUAGAAAGCAGACUGGAGAAACGAAAGAAAGGAGUUUAUGUUCCCACGGGCGGUAAGACCAUGAUCGCUUUCAUGGACGAUUUUAAUAUGCCCAUGAAGGAAAAAUACGGAUCGCAACCGCCGUUGGAGUUGAUUCGCCAAUGGAUUGAUUAUGAAUUUUGGUACAAUCGCAAGAAGCAAACGAGGAAAUACAUUGAGAAGGUACAAUUAAUAGCUGCCAUGGGACCACCUGGUGGAGGCCGCAACGUCAUUACGAAUCGAUUAGUCACGAAAUUCAACGUCAUUAACAUGACCUUUCCACACGAAAAGCAGAUUAUAAGGAUUUACGGCAUGAUGUUGAAGCAACACCUUUCCGAAUUUCAUGCUGAAGUGAAAGGAAUAUCAAAUGAGAUAACGCUUGCCUCGAUCGAUCUAUACAAUCGUGUGGUCCAGAAGAUGCUUCCCACUCCGACGAAAAUGCAUUAUUUAUUUAACUUGCGAGAUAUUUCGAAGGUCUUUCAGGGACUACUGCGCAGCCACAAGGACUAUCAGUAUUCGAGGCAGACCUAUCUGCGAUUGUGGAUCCACGAGAGUUUCCGAGUUUUCUCCGAUCGGCUUAUUGACGAGAAGGACAGAGAGUGGUUCGUGACUCAGCUGAACGAUCAGCUCGGGAAGUACUUCGAGUUGACCUUCCAUAACGUCUGUCCGGAAAAGAGAUGUCCUGUUUUUGGCAGUUUCAUGAACGCCUGGGACAUAUACGAAGAGCUUCCCGAUAUCGGUGCUGUAAGGCGCUACGUGGAAGAACAGAUGGAUGAGUACAAUGUUUCUCCUGGCGUGGUACGCCUCGAUCUCGUCCUGUUUCGCGACGCGAUCGAACAUGUAUGUCGCGUCGUUCGUGUAAUAUCGCAGCCCCGCGGUAAUAUACUUCUGGUUGGUAUCGGUGGUAGCGGUAGACAAUCGCUUUCGCGUAUCGCCAGUUACAUGUGCGAGCUCUCCACCUAUCAAAUUGCCGUUACGGCGCAAUAUAGGAUGCCGGAAUUUCGCGAGGAUCUCAAGACUCUGUACUCAAUAACCGGGGUGGAGAACAAACCGACCAGUUUCCUCUUCAACGAUACCCAAGUAGUCGAGGAGCAGUUUCUGGAGAUUGUCAACAAUAUGCUGAGUACUGGCGAAGUGGCUAAUCUCUACAAGAGCGACGAAAUGGAGGACAUUAAAAAUAGACUAGCAAAGGAAGUAACGAAGAUUGGAAAGGCACCAACGACUGAGAUGGUAUAUUCCUUCCUGAUCGAGAGGGCGCGUGCCAAUAUGCAUUUGAUUCUGUGCAUGAGCCCGAUCGGCGACGCCUUCAGGAACAGAUUACGGCAGUACCCUUCCCUGAUCAAUUGCACGACCAUCGAUUGGUUCUUGGAAUGGCCGAGAGAAGCUCUCCUCGAAGUUGGCAACAAGUUCCUCAUGAAUCUCAAUCUGACGCUCACUAUCACCGGCGAAAAUAAAGAGCCGCGACAAUCCGCGACGGCCCUUCCACUGCCGCCGUUGCAGGACCGAAUGCGCGAUGGAAUUGCAGCAUCAUUCUCUUUGAUCCACGACACGGUGUCCCAGUUCUCUCGCAGAAUGGCCGCCGAAAUGAAGCGUUACAAUUACGUGACUCCCGUGAAUUUUAUCGAGCUGGUGGCCGGUUAUAUAGAGAUGCUGACGAAAAAGAGACAAGAUUUAGCAGAUCAGGCGAACAAACUUCGCGGCGGCCUCUCGAAGAUCGACGAUACCCGGGUGAAAGUUAAAGAAAUGGCGGCGGAGCUCGAAGUCACUCAGCAGCAAGUUCAUAAAUCUACGAGGGAGUGCGAAGAAUUCCUCGUAACGAUAGUAAACCAAAGCCGCGACGCUGAUGAGACGCAAAAACAGAUCACCGCCAAAUCGCUUCGUAUCGCCGAGGAGCAAAAAGAAUGCAAGAAGCUCGAGGAGCUUGCGAGGGCUGACCUGGAGACCGUCGAACCUGCCUUGAAUGAGGCCAUCAAGGCGCUGGAAACUUUGAGCAAGAAAGAUUUAUCUGAAAUAAAAUCCUUCACGCGACCGCCGCCGAAAGUCGAAAUGGUAAUGGAAGCCGUGAUGAUAUUGAAGAACUCCGAACCUACGUGGGCGGAAGCGAAGCGCCAACUUAGCGACGUGAACUUCAUUAAUACACUUCGUGACUUCGACAAAGAUCAUAUAUCGGACAGAGUUCUACGAACAAUAGCCAAGUACACGUCCAAUCCCGAGUUCGAUCCCAUAAAGGUCGGCGUAGUGUCUGCUGCAGCCAAGUCACUUUGCAUGUGGGUGAUAGCUAUGGAAAACUAUGGAAAGCUAUACAGAAUCGUGGCACCAAAACGGGAAAAACUAUACAUCGCGUUGGAGUCGCUGAAACAGAAGGAAACGGCCUUAAAGGAGGCAAUGCAGCAGCUGCAGAACUCACGCGAGCAGCUCGAGAGAUUACAGCGGAUGUACGACGCGAAGAUGAAAGAAAAGGAGGAUUUGAUUAGGCUGGCUCAACUAUUAAAGUUAAAAUUAGAGCGUGCCGGAAUGUUGGUGGACGGUCUUUCCGAUGAACAAAUUCUGUGGGAGAACACAGUGGCGUCAUUAACCGAAUAUUUCGACUGGCUGCUGGGUGAUUGCUUGAUAUCCACCGGAUUUGUGUCUUACCUCGGUCCGUUUGUAUCCACUUAUAGACAAGAAUUAAUAAGCAUUUGGUCCAAGGAGGUAUACAAUAGAGAAAUACCGACCUCGCCAAAUCUAGAUGUGAAAGAGUUCCUGGUUGAUCCAUCGACAAUCAGGGAGUGGAACAUUCAGGGAUUACCGUCCGAUGGAUUCAGCACGGAGAACGGCAUCAUAGUGACACGGGGAACACGUUGGCCCCUCGUAAUCGAUCCGCAAUGUCAGGCGGUGAAGUGGAUCAAAAAUAUGGAGGCGAAAAACUCACUGAAAGUAAUCGACUUUGGUCAAGCGGACUUUAUGAGGGUUCUGGAAAAAGCAAUUCAGUUCGGGAACCCGGUACUGCUCGAAAAUAUCGCAGAGACCCUCGAUCCGAGUUUGAACCCGAUUCUCCAAAAGGCUUUCAUUAAAUCUGGUGAUCAAAUAAUGAUUCGAUUUAACGACAAAAUGAUCACUUACAAUGAGCAAUUCCGGCUGUUUAUGACUACGAAACUCUCGAAUCCCCACUAUGCUCCAGAGAUUUCAACUAAAACGACAUUAUGCAACUUCACCAUUAAGGAGCAGGGGCUCGAAGCGCAGCUUCUAGCAAUUGUGGUCAGAAAAGAGAAGCCGCAGCUCGAAGAACAGAAAGACAAUCUGGUUCUCACAAUCGCAUCCGAUAAACGGACUCUCAAAGAGCUGGAGGAUAAAAUACUUCAUUUGCUGAGCGUGGCCGGGGAAACUCUCCUAGAUGAUUUAGAUUUGCUGAAUACCCUGCAGACAUCAAAGGCGACAUCUAUCUCUAUUCAAGAAUCUUUGACUGUUGCUGAACAGACAGAAAAAGAGAUCGAUUUAGCGAGAGAGGGAUAUCAACCAUGCGCGAAGCGUGCCUCGAUUCUAUUCUUCGUCCUCAACGACAUGAGCGUUAUCGAUCCCAUGUAUCAAUUCUCCCUCAAUGCAUACAACGAACUGUUUAUGAUUUCCAUUGAUAAGAGCCCCCAGGAAACGAAUUUAUCCGAGAGGAUUGAUAGCUUAAACGAGUAUCACACACACGCGGUUUACAGAAACACGUGCCGAGGUCUGUUCGAGCAGCAUAAGCUACUCUUCGCGUUUCACAUGUGUGUGAAGAUAUUGGAUGCGCAGGGUAAGAUCAUCCCAGGAGAAUACGCGUUUCUGCUCCGCGGGGGGAUCGUACUGGACCGAGAAAAUCAGCCGAACAAACCCGUGCAGUGGCUACCGGAUGAAACUUGGGACAACAUCACGGAACUCGACAAGCUGCCCGGAUUUCACGGACUCGUUUCUUCUUUUGAGCAGCUCCCGCGAGAUUGGCACAAUUGGUACAUCAGCACGGAGCCGGAAGCUGCAUCGCUGGUCGGCGAAUGGGAGGAAGGGUGCACCGAGUUUCAGAAAAUGUUAUUCAUCCGCAGCUGCCGACCUGACAGAAUAUCUUUCUGUAUCAUGACCUAUAUCGUGCGCAAUCUCAGUCAGAGUUUCGUGGAGCCUCCUGUACUCGAUUUAAAAGCAGUGUUAAGCGAUUCUGUGGCGCGGACACCAUUGAUAUUCGUUCUUUCGCCCGGCGUAGAUCCUACCGGGCUUCUCUCGCAGCUAGUGGACAAUCAGGGCAUGGCUGCUAAUUUCUUGACGUUAUCACUAGGCCAAGGACAAGCUUCUAUUGCUACAAGCAUGAUAGAGAUCGGUGCCAAAGAAGGAUCUUGGGUAUUUCUUGCGAAUUGCCACCUCUCGCUCAGUUGGAUGCCCAAGCUCGAUAAAAUCGUAGAAACACUCGGUUCCAGCCAAACCUUACAUCCAAGAUUUAGAUUAUGGCUUAGUUCAAGUCCGACACCUCAGUUUCCCAUAUCGAUCCUUCAAGCCGGGAUAAAAAUGACUACCGAGCCGCCAAAAGGAUUAAAAGCGAACAUGAAGCGCCUUUACGGUUUAAUCACCGAAACGCAAUUCGACUUGUGCCAAGAAAAGUCUAAAUAUAAAAAGCUGCUGUUCACGCUGAUCUUCUUCCACUCUAUUCUUCUAGAACGGAAGAAAUUCCAACAACUCGGUUGGAACGUGGUCUACAGCUUUAACGAUUCCGAUUUCGAGAUUUCCGAAAACCUGCUGCAAAUUUACCUGGAUGAAUAUCCAGUCACUCCGUGGGAAUCUUUGAAAUAUCUCAUAGCAGGUGUUUGUUAUGGUGGCCACGUGACCGACGACUGGGAUCGCCGGUUGUUGAUGACAUACAUCCAGCAAUAUUUCACGGAAGACGUCCUGAUUACUCCCCAUUAUCGUUUGUCAUCACUGCCCACCUAUUACGUACCUCGCGAUGGCUCCUUGGAGUCCUACCGCGACUUUAUCGCGAUUCUGCCGAAUAUCGACAAGCCAGAAGCAUUUGGUCAACAUCCAAACGCGGAUAUCACUUGCCUAAUAAUGGAGGCUAGAAACAUGUUUCAGACACUCAUGAGUCUUCAGUUGCAGGUAGCGAGCGUCGAAAUGGAGGAAGACAAGGAAAAAAAGGUAAUGCAACUCGCGAGCGAUAUUCUCUCGAAAAUACCGGAAACGAUCGAUUACGAGACAACGGAGAAACUGAUAGGACCACAUAAAACGCCGUUGGACGUGGUGCUUCUUCAAGAGAUUGGACGGUACAACGCGCUGUUGGCAAAAACUCGCGACAGUCUCGAGGAACUUCAGCGUGGAAUUAAGGGAACGGUGCUGAUGUCGCAGGAGCUAGAAGAAAUCUUCGCGUGCAUAUACGACGGCAGAGUACCGUCUCUAUGGCUGACCGCGUAUCCGUCUUUGAAACUGCUCGGCGCUUGGACGAGGGAUCUAAUCAAUCGAGUCGAGCACUUCGCCAAUUGGGCUCAAACCACUCAUCCGCCAUUGCUCUUCUGGCUAGCUGCGUAUACAUUUCCAACCGGAUUCCUUACUGCGGUACUACAAACUUCGGCGAGACUGUGGAACGUAUCUAUCGAUUCGUUGUCGUGGGAGUUUACUGUCUUCUCAACGGACGAGUCUGCUAUAAUCGAGCCGCCUGUGGAUGGCGUAUACAUACGAUCCAUUUUCCUGGAAGGCGCCGGUUGGGAUAAAGAGAAUGGCAUUCUUAUCGAGCCCGCAUCCAUGCAACUUGUGUGCAACAUGCCGGUGAUUCAUUUUCGACCCGUCGAGCAAGUUAAAAAGAAAGUCAAAGAGUUCUACAGCUGUCCUUGUUAUUAUUAUCCCCAGAGGAGCGGCGACCAAAUGAGAUCUGUGUUCGUAGUUGCUGUAGAUCUCAGAGCUGGAACACAAGGUUCGGACUUCUGGGUGAAACGCGGCACUGCUCUUUUAUUGAGCCUGGCCGUAUAAAGUUUCCAACUAUGUACAUUAAUUUACGAUUUAUAAGCCCCAGUUUAAUUUUAGCGAUAACAUAAACAUAUAAUAUUGAGCAAUCUCCAUUUAAAAUAAUUAAGUUAUUUUGAUUACGUUUCUUUAUCCUUUUGUUUCUUCUUUCUUUUAUUUAUGCUAUUUAAUUUAUAUGGAUUGAAUAUAUGUAUGCUUGUGGAAGAUGAAAUAAAUGUUUAAA